AUGUACUCUCCUCGCAGAAGCUUUCAAGCAGCUUUGACAACAUAUAAUGUUUACUUGUUAUGGAUGUCCAUUGUUACUGGUGAGUGUUUCUUUUGAAUGGUCCAGUUUAUGUUACGUCUUCCUGCAAGCUAGCUAGAGAAAUUUGACUCCGAAAACGAUUUCAACUCUAACUUGAAGGUUAGCCUGAAUAACUUCGCAAAAUAUCAGACUUCAAUGGGGGAAUUGCUACCGAUACCACUGACAGAUACGACGCUGAUACUGAAUAGCAAAUCUACUAUCUAAAGUAGACAGCAAGUUUCUUAAUUUAUGUGGAAUAACUCAACCGAACUUGGUUAUUGCGCAUAAAUUAAUCCUCUUUGCCUACCUGAAGGGCGAGCUGAAAGCCUUAUACCCGCUUUUGUUUGGGCGGAUUCAUUUGCAACAUACGCGAUUGAGUAUCAGGCGCUUGAAAGGAAUUAUGUCUCAAGAAAGUGCGAGGGAAACGUUUUUCUUGAGCCCAUAUUCCUUUCAAGCGUUUGCAUGCUACACAGACUAUUAGCUGUCGGGCAAAUGGGGCGGUAAACAACUUAGGUUGCAAAUGAAUCCAUCCUUUGUAUCUAAAAACUUAAUAACCUGAAAUCAUGCGAUAGCUAGCCUCGUCUUAAUUAUCCUCGCACUAACGAUGAUGUCUGAGAAGAUUAUUAACAAGUAACUACUAGGUAAAGAACUUUAAAAAAAACAUUCUAUUUAAAUAAUUACUUCCUCAACAUGCUUCGUUCUUUCUUUUGUUUUGAGUUUAGGUUUCAGAAGCGCAUAAAUUAAGACGCUUGCUGCCUACUUUAAGUAGAUUAUAUUGCUGCCCCAAAUUUUUUCUAGUAAUUCUCUUUGAACAGAAAGUAAUGCUGCUUUUGAAGAGCUUGUUCUUCUCUUAUUUAGGGAUCGUCUUGUCCUUUCUGGUUUUGCGAACGUUUAAAUGAGCAACGAUGAUAGGGAUUUCAUUUUGGGGGAAGCAAAAGCAGAAUGAGAAAAGGCGGGUCGUUCUAGGAAACUCAUUCAUCUCGGCGACGGCCUGAGAUGCGAUACUGCAUAGUUUACCGCACCGAGCAUCGACUACCACCGGUAAUUUUACGAGGCCUAUGCCAUGAUGCGCCAACUAGUAGUCAGCCUUCCUUUACAAGAGUAAAACCUUGGUUAAUGUUAGUACCCGAGGAGCCUUCAAACGAAAUACUACCAGUAAGUAAGUUAGGACUUUAAAUAUAAGACUUUAAUUAUUAUUGAAUCUUCAUUUGCAUCCGAAAACAAGGUUCAUUUCCAGCGGAUAUACAGGAAGAUACCGCCACGGCCGCCACACUCCUAAAGCGCACACAGCAAGUCUGUAACCACAACAAACUCAAAACACAUCAUUCUAAAGCACAAAAUCCAUUCUGCUGUUCAUGUUUCUAUAUCAUACCGUUAAACAAUAUCUUCUUUAUCUAUCAGUUUCAGAAAAAUGUAAACUUAACCCUUACUCUCAGUUUGUUUAUUAGUUUUUAAUAUUGGUCACGAGAUUGGAGUGUCUUAACACAAUUGAGUGAUUUUUAAAAAUGCGGUCCCCGAACGCUUAGUCCCCGAACCAGAAAAAAACGAUUUUAUUCUUCAGAUUCUGGCAUUGCUCGUUUUAGUAUGUCUUCAAACGUUUUGCGAGAACUGGAAUAAUCACCACAACUCGAGGGGAGAUUUGGGACGAUCAUCUAAAAAUAGAAAAAAGAUGAUAAACCAGCAUAAUUAAAGGCUGAUUUUGAAGAAAGAAACGCACUUAACAUCUUUUGCUCACUUCCUUCAUUCACUACAACUGAACCAAUAAACAGAUUCUUAUAUCGAAAGGGAAACUACAUGGCCGCUUGAUCGGCGCCCUCGUUUCGCUUGUAAUAGUCCACAGUUGUUGUACUUUCACUCCAUAGCUGUGUAAUUCAUGUAGCCUGUUUUUGUCUCCUUUUGUAUUCAGUAAGAUCAUAGUGGAGCUCUCGCGCGCGCGAAGCGGAGCACCAUGGGUAAGAAAAUUUGGUAACCUAUGCAUCCUAGAAAUUUGGUAGUCACGUGACCGUAAGUCCACCCGACCGCCCGUCCGUCCGCACGACAGGCACACCAAUAUAAAAUAACUCGAUCAACAGGUAUGGCAACCCAAAUGCAACUCAAGGUUUAUCUGGAAGGACAUCGAAUGUCCGCCCGGACUUUUAGAGAGAGAAAAAAACAACAAAGUCGUGUCUUUUUCGACGUUAUUUUUUGAUGUUUACACUCACGUGGAUAACAGUGAAAGAGCUAGAGCGAGUGACUGAAAACAGAGGAGACAAAUUUCGUUGGAAGAAAAACAUGAACAUUUCAUAGCGGUGGUUGAAACAUGAGAAAUGCUAGCGGCCAGCAAAGAGCGGACAGCAAGGUGAAAAUGAGUGGCAGUGAAAAAAUAAAAGGGAACAUGAACACACGAAACAAAAUCUUUGGUAAUCACAUACGACAAUUCCUCCAUAAAAAUAAUGUGUAACUACGAAGUUUGACGUUUUAGUGGUACAAGACGUCAUUAUAGUCGUGCAAAACAACGGCAAAGAUAGACAAAAAAGUGUGUUGCACGUGUAAAUUUGUUUUUUUGCUAAUUAGAUCUCGUGAUCUAGAUGCCAAUUCUAUUGCCGUCCCCGUUUAGCAUUACACAACUUAAUUUUUUUUGUUUAUAAGUAUUAUUAACCGGAGCUUCGCUUUUAGCCCUGGCUAAAUCUAUAUAUUAGUACUAUAAUAGCUUGUAAUGGGUGAAGAAUCCUAAAGUCGGGAUCUUAAUGUUCUUUUAACCUCUCGAGAGGGGUGGCAGUCGGGGAGCAGCAGAGGUAUGGGAAAGGGCAGCAGUUCAGAAUUUACAGCUGAAUUCUAAAGGAGCUGCACAUACCUAGCUGGGAUGGAUGUAUACAGUAAUUUUCAAGGAGUUAUAAUAACUCCUCUAGUGGGGCUAAUUUAACUCCUUACAGUGGAGUUAUUUCUUGGGGAGAUUUUUUAACUCCAAAAAGGAGUUUAAAGAACUCUUUUUCAGGCUGAAGUAAAAGUGACCCCAGAUAUUGAGGAGUUAAAAUAACCCCAAAAAAGGAGUUAUCCUGUGCCUAAAAUUUUUACUCCACUUUCAGAGUUAAAUUAACUCCAAAAAGAGUAAAAACAACCCAUGUAAGGAGUAAAAAUAAACCCAUUUUGGAGUUAUUUUAACUCCAGACUGGGAAUAAAAAAUAUUCUUUUUCAGGAGACCUAAAUUCGGAGGUAAAUUAGAGUUAAAGUAACCCCCAAAAAGGAGUUAUCCUGUACCUAAAAUUUUUACUCCAUUUUUGGAGUUAUAAUAACUCCCUAAACAUUACAGUGUACUACAUAGAUUAGGCGUAUAAUUGCCCUAAUUAGAAAUAUAAAUAUUAAAAGGGAUUUUUGUUUUUAUGGUCCAGAUCAGAUGGACGCACAGACUUCAUUCCUGUUUGAUCCCAUGCAUAUAAAAUAUUCUCCCAGUAAAUAUCUCUGUAUCUCUGGGUGGUUCAAAAAUUAAAGUAGUGCGCUUGUUACGGGUAAUACAUUGUUACGUACUUGUGAAGUAGUCAUGACUUUUCCUAUUUACAGCGAAGCUUUCCAUUUAAAUAAAAGUUCCACCUCCUCCUCACACAUCAUUAUAUGUUACCUGUGAUCGUUCAACAUAUUUUUGAUAUUUUUAAAACGAGAACUUGGCUUUUUCUUAAAAAGCAACACCAAAAAACUGAAAAAAUUACAGAAAGGAUUACAUACCGUUAUUUCAAGUUACGGUGUCGGCAAGCCUACGCAACGAGACAUUAUAGCACUACCCAUGAUAACUUUCCCAUACUAAGCCGUGAAGCAACUCCUUUGUCAUAAAAUUACGAAGUUUAAAGCUUGAGACGUUUUUUACCAUUCUGUAGUACUGACAAGGGCAAAUAGUAAACCCAGGAUUUACAGCUACCCUCAUGACCUUGCGGUCUUGCCACGUUGGCUUGGGGCCUUAAAAUCCGACAACAUUAAAUUGAAAUAACUUGAUUUAUUUCCUUUGUUUUGUCAUCAACAAUUUAACUUUCAGCGCCGGCGUUUUGGGACGUGAUUUCCUAAUGCAUUAUAGAUCCUUAUUUCAAAUAUGCAGACUAAUAAUAAUCCCCCUAUACCACUUAAAAUUUCAACUUCGCCUCCUCUUUCCUCUCUGUCCCGCCUUAUCUGAUUCCCUAGCCCUUACAGUUCAUGCUUAUGCUACAUGCGUAUUACUACCUCAGUCAAGAUUCAAUCCUCCCUGUUCUUACUAAGGCUAAGCGCCCCACUGGCAGGCCACAAUUACACUAUAAAGAUGGCGAACCUGAAAACCUUACUGUAAGAUCGAUCUUACAGUAAACUUUCACCACGAACAUUUUAUCUACCCGACUAACUGCCCCUGGGUCUCCGUGGAUGUGUGCGGAAGGGACUGUCACGGUAUUUCCAGCCUCACAAGAUUUUUCCGAGAACCACCAAUUAGAGCGCGACACCAUAGUCGUAUUCGAGAAUGAAGGAUGCCGAUAAUAGUAAUACUACGAGAGAAUUGACACUAGGUAAUACGGGAUUAACUACUUUUGCUCGUGCUACUGGUUCCCUGUUAAUUUAACAAAUUUUUCCUUGUCCUCCAACUUCUUUUUCUUUAGGUGUUCGUGCUGGAAACAUAAAAUAUGUUUGUCCGAAAGAAAUGGUCCAAUUGGAUUGUGAUCCUCAACUUGAGCAAGCCAUCCAGAGUGGAGAUUUCAAGGAACUUUCCUGGACGGUCAACGAUCUUCGUAACAAAUCUGAGUUUGGGCAAACAGUAGCUUAUUGCAACGAAUAUCUCUUCUGUAACACGGAUGAUCAUUUUGGAAAAUUUGAAAAGCGUAUCAAAAUGAAAAAGUAUCCUGACAAUGGGGUAUUGAACGUGGAGCAGUUGAACAAGGAUGACUUCCUGACUUUCACAUGUCUUGUGAAAAGAAAAGACCGAGUUGUUUAUCACCAAGUUCAUCUUAAUUCUUCCGUAACUUGUGAGUAG